UACUCUCAAAGCGUGCAAAAAUAUACCACUAGGGAAAAUUCAUAGUUUCUGCCUUUUUUGUGCUCUGUUACUGUAACGGCCACAGGGAAAGAGGUUUUCAAGGAGAAGAAAUGAAUGGGACAGCCAUUGAAAAUUUUGUCUGUGUCAUUUUUAAUGUGUCCUUCAUGAACUGCACGUGGCAUGUGGGCAGGACUGCUACAAGAGAUACCCAGUAUUUUCUGUACUGGAGGCCCUCAGAGAAAGAAGAUGUCACAGGGUGCCAGAAUUACAUCAAAGAUAAUUGGGGAAGGAACACAGGAUGUCGAUUCCAAAAUGUGACAAUAGCAUAUAAGUAUGCUUAUUUCCUGGUAAAUGGAUCUAGAAGUGGACAAAACAUUCAGUCAUAUGAGAAGAAGAUUAUGCUAUACAAAAUUGAAAAACUCACCCCUCCAUUAAAUGUCACUGUGAACUGUAGAGAAACUUCUCAUACAUGUAAUAUUCAGUGGCAACCACCUCACACAAGUCAUGUGAAAAGAAGCAGCUGUUUCAAAUAUGAAAUUGUCAUAGAAAACAAGGCUGAUCCUGAGAAAAACUUCAACACCACAUCUAAAACACACUCCUACCUAUAUGAGAAUUUCCGCGCAGAAAAAAGGUACAGCGUCAAAAUCAGAGCAGCUGACACAGGCAUUUGUUUAGUGAGCCCAGGUUGGGGAGAGUGGAGUACACCUGUGGAGUUUGGCAUGAAUGGGUCAGCCAUUGAAAAUUUUUCCUGUGUGAUUUAUAACAUUUGCCUCAUGAACUGCACUUGGCAGGCAGGAAGGGAUGCUCCAGCAGAUACACAGUAUUUUCUCUACUGGCAGAACUCAAGAGAUGAUGGGCAGAUGGAAUGUGAGCUUUACAUUAAAGAUGAAAACGGCAGAAACGUGGGAUGUAGAUUACAAAAUGUGAGGAUAGAGAUUGAAAAAGCUUACUUCCUAGUUAAUGGGUCUAGCAAAGACUCCCUGAUCCAGUUCUAUGAUGAGUACAUUGAACUGUAUAAAAUUGAAAAGCUCAUGCCUCCAUCAAAUAUCACUGUCAACUGUGAUGAAAAUAAAAAUGAUUGCAUAAUUCAAUGGCAACGACCCCAAAUAAGUCACUCUAACAAAGACAAGUGUUUUGAAUAUGAAAUCAACAUAAAGUAUAAGGAUAAUCCUGAAGGAAAGCCCAAAUAUGCUUUUAAACAAGAAGGGGGAAAUAGUCACACAUUUCCAAGGUCCAACACAAGAAAGAAAUAUCUCUUGAAAAUGAGAACAGCUGGCAGUGCCUGCCUUGUGAACCCAGCCUGGGGGGAAUGGAGUGCACCUCUUGAGUUUGGAAAUGAGGAAAUUAUUUCUUCUUCAGUGUGGAUUUUACUCAUUGUAGCAUUUGUAACACCAUUAAUGGCAAUCAUUGCAAUUUUGUUCUUCAAAAGGACUGGCUGUUGGAAAGCAGCAUUUCCACAAAUCCCAGGGCCAAAACCUGCUUUUUUUGGACUGCCUGAUACAAAUCCAGAGCUGAUGGAGAGCAAAAUUCAGUCAACAACAUCUCCAAAUGAAGAGAUAAUAGUAGUUGCUGACAUAGCAAGAUAACCAAGAAAAAGAAGAGUCUAAAAUUGCAUUUCUUAGACAACUGUAUAUUCCUACAGAAAGUCUGGAAUAAUAUAUAUAGGCUUUCUUCACUCUCUUUUUUUUUCUUGUAAAAAACAGUGAUGCAGCCAUGAGAGAAUGAUACUUCACAUGCAACCUUUUUA